AAAAUUACAGGCCUCUCAUCUUUUCAUGUGGGAGAACUUGCACAAUUGGUGGCUGACUAAAUACUUUUUUGCCCCACUGUAUAUAGGUGCCAUUAUUGAAGUAUGUAUAUUACUUCCCUAUUUAUAAAAAUGUCUGGAUAACGGUAUUACAGCAUCGGAAGUGUGUGCAAUGCUCUGCAUUGUGUGCAGUAGUAUACUGUAAUUUAGGUGCAAUGUUUUGGGUCAAGCUUAAAGCUUCAGUGCGAUUGGUCAGUGAAGGACCAGGUGACUCGGUAGUCACGCGCUUUCCAACGAACCCGUCAGGAAGAAGAAAAACAAAACAAACGCAAGAGAAAGGCAGCGUGGACUCCAUUGAAAUUGCUUUGUUAUUGCUCAGAUAGGAAUAAACACGAAGCGAAACACGACACAAAACGUUCAUAUGGGGUUUCUAAAGACACCAGGCAUCAGACGAGAACUAGACUUCCAUGAGUUCACAGAGUUUUCCACAAUAAAGAAGACUCUUUUUGUUACUUAACUCAUAGAUUUUUCUACUGUCGGUUGACAUCAUCCGAAGACGACUGGGACACGAGGUGGAGGAAACAUUCACAAUAAGGAACAGAGAUCGGUGCUCGGCGAUGCCUCAGCCCGGCAUCAGUGGAAUGGAUCUUCCCUUUGGGGAUUUCUUUCAAAAUUAUACUUUUGCUGAUCAGGCGCUGACCAGCACGGACCUGUUGGCGAGUAACACAGACCCAGACUUCAUGUACGAACUGGACAGAGAAAUGACUGCUUGCCUAAGUCCUAGAGUUGAUCACUUCACGGUGGGGGACUGCAAGGAGAUGGAGUGUGGGGAGCACCUAAUGGAGCUGGUGGACAGCGAUCCGGCCUACAGCUCGAACUUUGAGCAGUGGGAUACGUACUGGGAGGACCUGACCAAGUACACCCGUUUCACCAGCUGUGACAUCUGGGGCACCAAGGAGGCAGGCCUGGAUGACUUCUCCAGCCCUUACCAAGACGAGGAGGUGAUUGCCCGGACCCCCACCUUGGCUCAGCUCAACAGCGAGGACUCGCAGCCCCCUGUGUGUGACACACUCUACCACCCUGAUCUGCUGAUAGGGGGCCAGAAGCAGCACACCUCCCUCCACCCACUCUCCCUGAGCAAGAAGACAGCCGCCCGCCCGGGCCCCUCCUCUUCCUGCUCCAACCUGGUCAAGAACCCCCUGGGUGACUUUGCCAAGGGUUCCCAGAAGGCCACCUGGCCUGUCCCCUCCAGCACAGAGACAAUGUCCAAGGCCCAGGGAACCAGCAAGAUGGCCACCCUGGGCUACCACUGCAAUGACUACGUGCGCAAGGCAAAGGUUCGCAUUAGCAUGCCCCACCGGCCCCUAGUCGACAUGCCCAUGGCCUCCCAUCAGGUUGAGGCUGAAAACCACUUCACAUACAGCAGCAAGCCCCCAGAGCUGGCCACCACAUCUGGCUGUGCUGCCCCCGUGGCUGCUCCUGCUACUGCAGCCUCCGCCUCUGCCUCCGCCAGCACCCUGGCCUAUGAGAAGACGGUAGAGCUGCCUCGCCGGGAGAUGCCACCCGCCUCAGUGGGCACGUCUGGCGCUGUGCCCCCUAUGCUCCACUACCCUGUAGCUGGGGCUGGGGCCAGCGAGACCCUGGUGACUGCCAGUGGGACUGACCCAGUCUCUGACAAGAAGAAGGAGGAGGAGCACAACUACUCUCUGUUCCUAACCCGAGCCAGGCUGGCCGGGAAAGCCCUCACUGAGGAGGAGGAAGAGGUUGAAGAGGAGGAGGAAGAGGAGGAGGAGGUGGGGGAGGAUGAAGAGGAUGCUGAGGGGGUGGAGCUGGAUGAAGAUCUUGAUGAAGAUCAUGAUGAGGGUUUUGGAAGCGAGCAUGAGCUCUCUGAGAAUGAUGAUGAGGAAGAUGAGGAGGACGAUGAUUAUGAGGGGGAUAAAGAUGAUGACAUGAGCGACGCCUUCUCCGAGCCAGGUAGCCAUAUAUCAGGAUGUGACAAUGACGCGGUGGAGGACGUGAAGGGGCUGACGGCAGGUAUCUCCAGGAAGAGGGGCAAACGCCGCUACUUCUGGGAGUACAGCGAGCAGCUCACCCCCUCCAAGCAGGAAUGCUUGCUCAAGCCCUCUGAGUGGGACAGGGAGACCCUGCCCAGCAACAUGUACCAGAGGAAUGGCCCACACCACGGGAAGUACACUCUGAAGAAGUCUCGGCGGACAGAUGUGGAGGACUUGACCCCUAACCCUCGCAAGCUGCUGCAGAUCGGGAACGAGCUGCGUAAGCUCAACAAGGUGAUCAGUGAUCUGACCCCGGUCAGCGAGCUGCCCCUCACAGCCCGCCCACGCUCCCGCAAGGAGAAGAACAAACUGGCAUCCAGGGCCUGUCGACUGAAGAAGAAAGCUCAGUAUGAGGCCAACAAAGUCAAGCUGUGGGGUCUGGGCACAGAAUACGAUCGGCUUCUGUUUGUCAUCAACACCAUAAAGGAAGAAAUAGUGAACAGAGUGCAGGAUAUCUGCGACGACAAGGGAACGAGCAUGGCUGAAACUCUGGACAAACUCAUCCAAGAGACCCUUGUGAAGUCACCAGUUGCCGGGCAGACGUCUGACUUUGUUAACCAGAUCUUAGAGAACACUGGCAAGGGGGAUCCCACUGGAGGACUGGUCGGGCUGCGUGUACCCACGUCUAGAGUGUAGAUGGACCAUGUAGAGGUCUGGUGAUGGCAUACUCAAAGCCAUCCUCGCCAUUCUUGUCCCACACUGUAACGGCUCACCCUCUGCAUGACCAUUCCAUCCAGGAAUCGCAUCACCAUGCCCUGUGGGAAGACAAACAUACCACUCUCCAAAUGGAUCUCAUGUACAGAUGAAAAUUGAUGCUGCUUUGCCUCAGACAGAUUUCUCAUCAGUGGAAUGUAGUCUUCCUUCAAAGGAUUCAAUUCAAUAUAAGGAUAUGUUCAUACUCCAGAUGUCCAGUGUAACAUUGGGUGAGAGAGACUAUCCAAAGUGUGCUGCAAUCAUGAUUCAGAGGAAUUUGAACUUGUUUGUAUGGUUGUCCUUAUUUCUGUAAACCUUUUUUUAAAUUUAUUUUGUAUUUGUGCUCAAAAUCAGUCAAUUGUUGCACACGUUUGGAUUUUUUAAAUAUUUUUUUUGCCUUUUCUACUUAGACCUUACCUACUUGCCAUACCAUUUAUUUGAUAUUUCAUUUGAAAUAUUUCCUCUAGUUUACCUAUAGAAAUGAUUUUAGAUAUUCAUGAUACCGCAGCGAGGUAUAUGUUCUUGCUGAAUUACAUUUAUCAGACCCAGAGCAUUCACCAAUGGUGAUUGAUUUAGUUGAGUUUUCUAUAGAACCGGUAGAUCUGCUUUGCAAAAACUGUCAAUUUACCAACUUAUUGUGUCCCCUCAAAAAUGAUCAAGAUUAUUGUGCCUCUUUGGUCCUCAUUUUCUACUGUUCCACAAACGUCUGGGUUUCACUUUACCUGGAGCAGUGUCACAUGUACAAGCAGAUGGUCUUUAGCAGCCUUUCUUCAAUGAACAAACAAGGUUUGAAACAGUAACUCUUAAUGACAUAUGUUGAGGUUUGCAUUGUUCAACAUAGAUCUGUUAAACCAUGGAGUUCCAGGAAACAAACCUCGGUUGUCUCUAGUAAUUACGCAGGGGCAGGCGGUGUUUUAAACGUGGCAAAGCCUGUAUAACGCUUAAAGCAAUGGUGAUUGGUGAAGUGGUGGGCAUCUGCACAAAUCCAGGUUCCUUGAUUCCACCAGUUUGCUCCAAAGUGCCACCACACAGUUCUUCAUAACUUAAGAUUGAAGGGGGCACUAAUUGGAGAGUGAGUUUAAAACAAAACAAUGCAAACAGCUGAUCGGAGGCACCGUUCACCAGCCAUGGUGCUGAAUCUCAAAGACGUACUUGAACUUCCCCAAGAGCUGCAACUCGGGCCCUGUUGCUGGUUGGAACGCUGCCUGAGGGGUGUUGCAACUCUUGACCAGUACCCAGUGAACUUUGGACAGUGACUGACUUCUUUUUAAGACCUGCUGUAGCCACUGCAGUGUCGGUGUCAGUAACGCCUUGUCCUCAGUAAUGGUGGUUGACGACCGUGUUUAAAAAAAAUGUAAUUGAAGUGGAUUGGCUGGUAGCUUUGAUAGGAUUAUGAUUAUUUUUUGCUUCAGGAAAAGGCAUAGAGAUCGGUAAGGGUCACUAGGGCUGCUGGGCAGAGAUCUCUCAUCCCUUCACCGAAGUGUUGGAAUAUGUGUUCCUGCAUAGUACACAUGCAGACCAAUUCAAUGAUUACCAAUGACAUUGAGAAAACAGAUAUAACCCUCUUUCAAAGCACCAUAAACACAUCAUAUUCACACUGCAAUGAUUUACAUUUACCUUCCAAACUUGCCAAAUUAUUUUUUGGGGAAAUCCAUACAACUCCCAAUGAGGACAAUUUAAAAAAAAGAUGUCUCACCCAUUCUUAAAACUACACAAUUCAUGCCCUUGAUGUAAUGCUUCUGAUGUUGUAUGGUAUUUCAAUAGAUAAUGUAGCAUGGGAACUUAAGUAGUUAGUACUGUGUGUGUACUCCCCAAGUGAAAAAUAUUUGUCACAGUAGGAAGGCUGUAUUUCAUUGCUAAGUGCUCUGUAAUAAAUCUCUUGGGUGAUACUCAUAAACAAAUCUGUAUCCUGCUGAAACUAACAGUGACUUGAUCCUAUUAGAAAUGUCUAUAUUUGUAGUUCACAUGUAUGCCUGUUCAAAUUCAAUAAUAUCUUGACAGUUUUAUUUAUGUUGUUUAAAUGUUGUGCUGGGUUUAUACUUUUGUCGUUCGAUCUCUCUCUUAUUUUUGUUUCCAUUUAUUUUUGGAGGCACAAUUAGUUGGAGAUCAGAUAAUGAUCCUUGUAAAUGUACACAUGUGAUGUAGGUUGGGUUCAGUUAUGAUUGAUUGGGAAAAUGUCUGCUUGUGUAAUUGUGCCUCUCCUUCAUUUAGUUUAGUUUUUUUUAUCAUACUUUUUCUCACAGAAUUGUAUCAGCCAGGAGUUGGUACCACACUUGUGGCUAGGUGGAGUACCGCUAUGGACUGAAGUGACUUUACGUAGCAGGUUAGGAGAAUUAAUGUAGCAGGUUAAGGUUAGGAAAAGGGUAAGGGUUAGCAAAAAUGCUACAGCUGACCCCGAUGCGACUCGAACAUGCAACUUUUGGUUCUGUAGCUGUACUCCAAUCUAGCCACAACCCAAUUUUGCUUGUAACCAUGAUUCUAUUGUCCAAUUCUAUUGUUGAUUUUAAUAUCAAAAUAAAAACCUUUGAAAACCA